GAGACUAUCCGCUUUAAGGCCGCAUCCUCUCGACAGAUCCGCGGAGGCCGGCCGGGGGGCGCCCAGGUAAAACCCAGCGAACGGCUCCUGUCUGGCAAGUAUGAAGCGAAAGGGCUCGGAGAAAAACCGCCAUGUGGUAGCGUGGAACAACAAAGCUGAGUGGGACCAGGUGCUGGAAUACUUGUAUUCUAAGGACUGUGCCUUGCAGAAGUAUGCCCUGCACAGGAUAUCCGCCUGGAAAGGCAGAUAUGCCAACAGCACUCCUGUAGCAGUUGAGAGCACAGCGGACCUGGUGCGAUGUCAGGUACUUGAUAAGUCGGGACAGCUCGAUGGGGACGAUCUCGUCCUGCUUUAUGGGAUGGCGUUGGUGAGGUUUGUCAAUCUAAUGACGGAGCGGCAACAGGGGAGGGUUGCUCGUCCUCUGAGACUGUUGGCUGGUAAAAUCAAGAUCCCCGAGUGGAUCGUUGACCUCAGACACGAUUUCACACACCGAAAACUACCCACCUUGAAUUGGUGUAGAAAGGGCUGUAAGGUUGUCCUCGACUGGCUCCAGCAAGAGUACUGGUCCAGGCAGUUAGGAAGCGGGCUAAAUCACAACUGGGAUUUGCAUUCAGAUGGCGAUGAAGAGGAGGAGGAGGAACUGAAACGCCAAGAGGAUGAGUACAUUGCGAGGCAGAAAGAGGUUGAGACCUACAAGAGAAUACGGGACGCUUUGAUAUCUUUUGAAAAGGAGCAGUACCAGGUAUUCGACACCCUCCCCGAUGACGUAGAGAAGAGUGUUUGGCCAGCCCCCUCUGCAGACAUGAGCUGGAUCCUAGCUCAGGUCAAACAGUUUGCUUCGGAGUCCAGUGAAAUACUGAUUGAUGUGUUAAUGGAGGAUGGUUUUCUAGUUCCCACCGUUGAACAGUUGGUCUCACUGGACUGCGAAGCAUCUGAAGAUGCGAGUUCCACCUUCCCACAACUUCCUCCAUUAGUUCUAAGUUUUUGGUUGCCGCUCCUGAAGAUGCUCAACUCACCAUCUUUUAUUCAUCUAUUUCUCGAGAAACUCUUUGUUGAACUGCAUCAGAUUUCCAGAGAGCCCGAUAGUCGCAGAUCCUUUUACAUUUCCGCUUGGAUCUCUGAGGUCAUACUUUGCAAUACCGACAGAUCUGAACACCAAUUUAAAACAAAGGGUCAACACAAACCCAGAAUGAAGGAAAAGAUUUAUGUCAACCGCAUCCAGUUGAGGUGGCAGCAGCUUCUCUCUGCCUGUCUGGACGCUCCGUGUUUCAGCACACCUCACCUGCUUCAGCUGAUCCUGGACAACAUGGAGCAUCCGUUGCCUUUGGAUACCCGGCAGAAGCUGCUCCAGCUCUGCGCCAUUUAUACUCAGGAUGCACAUUUGGAAAGUAAUCCUACCCCAGAGUCAAGAGGACAGCCCAUUUAUACACUAGAGAGCUUGCAUGAGAAGCUACAGAAUUCUGGGCACCAGGCCCAACCUUGGCGUUCACAGAAGGACUUGGAGAGAAGUGAGCCUUUACCGGAGCACCUGGAUGCAGAUAGUCUGGCUGAAAAGACCAGAAUGCUCAAGGGUUCUCCCUGGCAGAUUUGCACAGAUAAAAUCCCGUGGAAGAAUUAUCCUCUUGGUAAAGUCCCGGGACAGUCAGAAGACCCAUCAUGCUUCAUGGUGGACAAUUAUUCCACAAUGACUGUGUUUGACCAGCCAGUUGACUUGGAGAGCACCACACAACGCCAUGCUCCAGGAGUUGCAGCGCCGCAGGGAACAACUGAUGGCCGAUGGACUCCAAGUGAUGUCAACAAAUUGAAAUCUGGACUGCAGCUGUUUUGAAAUAAUGAGCUGCUGGCACAUUAACCUGCUUUUGCAUUUUCUUGUUUUGACGCCUGGUGGGAUGUGUGUGUGUGUGUGUUGAAUGGGAAAAAUGUCGUAAAUGAACCAUCCUGAUAAGAGCUUUCACAGGUUUCCAUACAAUGUAAAUAGCUGCUGUGUACCCUGUAGCAUUUUAUGUUGCCAGUGCAAAAACGAAACUGCCAUUUCUUGUGUUUACAUUGUUUGUACCAUUCAACUGAUCCAGACAGCUGUGGCGGAGAGAUAUUUGACACAGCCUAAGUAAAAAAAAAAAAAAACAUGAUAAUAAUCCGGCAUGUACUGCACUCCUUAACGCAGUUUUAUCAAGCAUAAGCGAGAAGUGGUUGGAUUGUGGAUGGCAUAGAGUUGAGGAUUUUCAUUUACCCUCCAAGUAAAAAAUGUCAUGAGUUUUCUGUGUUUAUGAUCUAUGUGGUUGGGAAUGUCUGUGCAUUUUGUGUAGAAUUUGAGUAGUUACUCAGAUGUUCCUGGAGGAUGUCAGAUUGCUAGGCCAAUAGGGCAAAGUAGUAGGUAGUAUCACUUUUACACCAAUGUUCAAUUAAAGUCUUUCCCAACAAA